AUAUCUCACGUGGGCCCAAACAACAUGAGGAUCUCAUGGAUCACACAGAGCCCAACCCCUGCAAGUGUUCGUUACGGUCCUUCUGCUCAGGCCGACGGUUCCUCCGCCACUGGCUCUGCCUCUUCCUACACCUACUUCACUUACCAGUCCGGCCAAAUUCACGACGUCGUUAUCGGCCCUCUUAAACCCAACACCCUUUACUACUACCGUCUGGGUGACUCCCCUUCCUCCCCACAAUACUGCCUCAAAACCCCUCCUUCUCAAUUCCCUAUCAAAUUCGCCAUUGCAGGUGAUCUCGGCCAGACGGACUGGACUCAAUCCACCCUGCAACAUAUAGCUAAUUCAAGCUACGAUAUGUUUCUGUUGCCUGGGGACCUAUCUUACGCGGAUACUAUGCAGCCUUUGUGGGACUCGUACGGUCGCCUCGUUGAGCCAUUGGCUAGCCAGCGUCCUUGGAUGGUCACUCAAGGCAACCAUGAGGUCGAGAAGAUUCCCGUGGUUCACAGCGAGCCGUUCACAGCCUACAAUGCCAGGUGGAGAAUGCCCUUCGAGCAGAGUGGCUCCGACUCCAACUUGUACUAUUCUUUUGACGUUGCUGGUGUGCACGUCAUCAUGCUCGGCUCCUACACCGACUUUGAUUCUGAUUCUGCACAGUAUAAAUGGCUUGUCGGCGACUUGCAGAAGGUGGCCAGGAACAAGACGCCUUGGAUUGUGGUGCUUCUUCACGCCCCUUGGUAUAACACCAACACUGCUCACCAGAAUGAGCCUGAGUCCUACGCCAUGAAGGCCUCCAUGGAAGACUUGCUGUAUCAGGCUCGUGUUGAUAUCGUUUUUGCAGGUCAUGUUCAUGCGUAUGAGCGCUUUACUCGAGUCUACAAGGACAAAGCUGAUAAUUGCGGUUCAGUGCAUAUCACGAUAGGGGAUGGCGGCAAUCGAGAAGGCCUCGCCUCUAAAUACAUGGACCCAAAACCAGAGACAUCGCUGUUCAGGGAAGCUAGCUUUGGACAUGGGAUCUUGAAUGUGGUAAACGCAACGCAUGCACAAUGGACUUCUCGGAAUGACGACGAUGAGGCUGUUGUCGCUGACUCUAUCUGGUUGAAUAGCCUCUCCACUGUGCCUAAUUGUAAAGUUUAGCACCACAUCUACACAUUCUCAUUUGAAGAGAUCUGCAUAAUGCGGCUCGUCAUCACCCUGCGAGUGUGAUUAUUCAAUAUUUAAAAUGGUAGUUGAAGUUCUAUUUUCGUUUUGCUGUAAUACCUCAGAAGGAAUAUAUAGUAUAUACAUAGAUGUGAUUAGAGCAUGAUCAAUAUAAGUUAUUGAUUACGGGUCCUAUGCACAAAAAUAUGGUG